AUGGAUAUCGCUGACUGCCAAACAGUAAGGAUGAAUUAUGAUUCUCUGGAGUAUAAUUCCGUAGAUGGCUUACAUCUUUCUUAUGGUCUGGAAGACUGUGAUUACCAAAAAGGUGACUGCAAAACCCCCAAUAUCAACUUUAUUUUGCCAGACGUAUCCAUAUCAGGAACUGGACUAGAAAUUGUCAAUUGUUUAUUUGUUAUUUUCGAAUGUGAUCAGAGCCGGGACCUACAAUUUAAGUUUAUAGAUCAUGUAUUGACCAACUACCCCAAUCUCGAGCUUUUUGAUUUUUUUUGCCGUAGAAAAUUAGACGAACGCAUCACCAUUGGUAGGGACGCCAAUCAUUCGAUGGACACUAAAAAGAAAUAUCACCUGUCAGCAACAAACACGAAAGAAAACUUGAGGUCUAUUGAAUCCUACUGUUUUUUUCCUCUUCCAAAAAUGUUAAGAAUGAUAGCGACCCAUUUACCAAACAUUGAAUUUGCGUCUUGCAUCAAUCCAGUAAACAUAUCGGGGAAAUCUCAUUUGUUUAAAUAUAAUACGACGAUUUUUAAAAAUCUGAAGACUUUUCACUUUGAGAUUGAAUUCGUAUCCCGGCACAUGGACUUUGGGUUUGUUUGCUUCGACUAUGGAAAGGAGGGUAAUGCAAUCUAUUAUCACCAAGAAACGUCCCCUUAUUCUUUAACUGCUUGUGACGAGAGUUUUAUGGUGGAGUGUUAUAGCAAAGACACUGUCAGAAGUUGCCGGAUAAACAUCAAAUGCAAGAAGAAUACAAGAGUAAUUGUCAGCUCUUGUGGUAAUCUUAUGGCAGAAUUCGAAGAUGGAGUUAUCCUUGAUUAUAUCAACAAAAAUUCUUAUAUUCGUUUGCCACGGGAUAAAAUAUUUUUUGAUGUGCGUUCAUUCGAUUGA